GCCCAAUUCAUGUGUAAUUCACGAACCCUAGGACACUCCUAUAAAACAUUUUUUUUUCCGCUGGCUAAGAGAACUCCUUUGAGAUCUUACGCAAAGGAGCAAAAAUGGCGGUACCGUUGCUAACGAAGAAGGUGGUGAAGAAGAGGUCUGCCAAAUUCAUCAGACCCCAGAGCGACCGCAGAAUCACCGUCAAGGAAAGCUGGAGGAGGCCAAAGGGUAUUGACUCCAGAGUGAGGAGAAAGUUCAAAGGUGUCACUUUGAUGCCCAAUGUCGGUUACGGAUCUGACAAGAAGACCCGUCACUAUCUCCCCAAUGGAUUCAAGAAGUUCGUUGUUCACAACACAAGUGACCUUGAGUUGCUGAUGAUGCACAACAGGACUUACUGCGCAGAGAUUGCACACAACGUUUCCACCAAGAAGAGGAAGGCUAUUGUGGAGAGAGCUUCUCAGCUUGACAUUGUCGUUACCAACAGGCUUGCUAGGUUGCGUAGCCAGGAAGACGAGUAAAAAAUGCCUUCGGGUUUACUUUUUAUCUGUCACUGACAAUUUCUGCGUUUAUUGUAUUACCUUUCUUUCGUAUUGAAGAGUAACUGAAUCUUUUUUAUGGUUUCCGGUUUUAAUAUGAUCAGUAAUUAAAACUC